AUGACAAUGUGUGGUAGCCCCACCUUUUCAAAUGCAAUGGCGGAGUCCAGUCCCGUCACCGUCAACGUCUACGACAUGUCCUGGCUGAACGAGUACAUUGGCAACAUUGGUUUAGGCGUCUACCAUACGGGUGUGGAGGUCUACGAACGCGAGUAUUGCUACGGAGGCCACCAAUUUGGCUCCUCGGGCAUUUUCGAGAUGACUCCUCGUGACACCGAAAGUCUCGGCCCCAAUUACUCCUUCAAGACUUCAAUUGUGGUGGGUUUCACAGACUUCACCUACCGCGACGUCUGCACCAUAAUCAGCAAUAUGGAGCGGGACUUCAGAGGUGCACAUUACCACCUUUUGCGCAAGAACUGCAACCACUUUUCAAGUGCAUUUGUCGAGAUUCUCUGUGGAGCAACGCUGCCGAAGUGGAUCAACCGAUUGGCCGUUGUGAGCACGAAACUUCCCUUCAUCGAAAAGUCCAUUCCCAAGGAGUGGCUUACUCCUCCUCAACAGACGGAGACUGAACCCAGGUCGUCUCGUUCACUGCGACCGAGCGUCUGUGAUGCCUUUUUACCGGCCACAAGAGAUGACAGCUCAAUGGCGAUUUCACCUCGGUCGGAGAAUGAUGAGGAUACUGUGGAGAGCAGUCACCGAGUGCAUCAUCAUCAGGCCUACAGUUUGCGACGCAGCAACACCCCGUCUGUGGCGUCCUUGCCUCCCACACCGAAUCGAUCAAACACCGCGCCGCCGGCGUCAAUCAGUCCGGGUGAACAGUGGCGCCGCUUCCAGUCUCAGGUCUCCAAUUACUUCAAACACAGUGUCGGUGGUGGUGGUGGCAACGGUGGAGGUGGGAGCAGCAGUACCUCUGUGUCCACCCCACCUCCAACUGAAAAGUCGUCCUCUCGACGGCACAGCUAG